AAACGAAGCUACGUUUUUUCUUUGUUCUUCCUAAGCAAAUUACUACAUUUGAAAGCUGCAGAUGUAUUAUUCUUGCUAAGCAUUCCCAACAAUGGCGUCCCGAUCUACCACUCUCUGGAGAUGCUGAAAUCCAGCAAUGGGGUUAUGAACACUCUGGCCACUGAAGGGUCCAAUAAGUACGAUUUCACCGUCAAGAAUGACGGCGACACCGUGAAGCUGAACACCGAUGUGGUGGUUGCGACGGUCACCGGGACCAUGUACGACGAGGAGCCGUUGGCCGUGUUCAAAUUGGACAAAGUUCUGCAGCCGAGGAAGCUUUUCAAGGCGGUUGAGGAAGCUCCGGCGCCCAAGGCGGCGACGAAGAAGAAGAAGAGCGCCGGAGGAAGCAAACCUGGCGCCGGUGAGGACGGGGCGGACUCGCCGGGGCCGAGCUCGGACGACGAUGACGCGGCGGAUGAUACGGCCAGCGACAAGAAUGGGGGCUCUGUGAUUGUCGGCGGUUGGAUGCUGAGGGUAUUUUUGGGAAUGUACUUGGGUUAUUUUGUGAUCAGUUCUUGAGGGACAGCUGUGUGUAUGUCAGUGUGUUUUUAUUUAUUUAUUAAUUAAUUGCUACUAUCUUCAAUUAUAAAGAUGUGGAGAGUUGUCAUCUGCAUCAUAUUGCUAAGCCUUACAUUUGCAUAUAGAAAAUUGUUGGUAUUAUUUUGGGUCCUAGAAAAGUAUGAAAAAAAUGUUUUUGGUGUGGUGUUUUGCAUAGGUUUUUGCUUCAGCAAUUAUGAUUUAUUCCUUCUUUAUUA